AAGGAAGAGCAAUACAUCUCGGAAAAAGAAAGCAGCUAAGAUUGGGAAGUUUUAAAAAGACUCGACUGCUCUUCUGACACUGUCAUACUGAUCAUCCCAUAAUGAAGUGUAUGUCGUACAUCCAGUGUAUUUUUUUCCUGAUUCUUCUUGGCAUUGUACUGAGCACGUACUUCUUACAGAGUGGGGUGUUGAAAAGGAAAAUAGUGCCUAGUUUGACAGAACUGCAGCCAACUGAAUCUUGUCAAGGAGCUGAACUUACCAAGCAAUUUGAGACAGAUGAACUUGAUGACCUUCUGGAACGCAGAACAAAAGAGUUCAAGCAACACCAAUUCAGGAGGAAGACAAAUGCAGAUAUUAUUAUUGCCCCGGGGAACUCUCCUCUCCAAUAUCCAAUUACAGGUUUCAAAGUAGCUCCCCUAAAGAAAAGUAUAAUACCAGGUCUUGCUCUUCAAACACAAGGGAGAGGCAAGAAUGAGGUGUACAAGGUGUCCUUGAGUGUAAAGAAAGGAGUGCUCUCAGUGGAGGAUGUUCUGGAUGGAGAUCAGGUGGAAGGACAGAGUCAGAAUGAACUCACCAUCUCAUCCACCAGCCGCACACAUCUGAAUGAUCUGCUCUCCAGAGUGACCUAUACCAGCACCAUCUACCACAUCAAAACAUCAGACUUGGUUAAUUUCUCUUUUGAGGACCAUGAGGCCAUAUUUCCAAUCAUGAUUAGGAGACCAUCGGUACCUUUUUUGUAUGACCCAGGAAAAGAUGUCAACUCACAGGUAACCAUAAUAACCAAAACGUUUCUGAGGUACAAAGAGCUGAACAUCCUCAUCGAGAGUAUCAGAAAAUUCUACCCACAAAUCAAAAUCAUUGUUGCGGAUGACAGUCUCAACCCUGAACGCUUGUCUGGAAACAACAUCGAGCACUACGUCAUGCCCCCUACACAGGGCUGGUUCGCUGGCAGAAAUCUGGCUCUGUCUCAAGUCACCACCAAAUACUUCUUGUGGGUCGACGACGACUUUGUGUUCUUGAAUAACACACGGAUUGAGAGUUUUGUUGAGAUUAUGGAAGCAGUUCCAGACCUAGAUGUUCUUGGUGGUGAGGUGAUGGGUGACCAGUUCUACUUCAUUCUGGAGUAUGAUGAAGGAAAUGAGAGUGACGGUGGCUGCCUAAGGCGUAUUAAAGAAGUUCAUCAGCCCCUUCUAGGCUAUGAUGGUUGCUUCCUUGUGGAUGGAGUAAUUAACUAUUUUCUGGCUAGGACAGACACGGUCCGAAGCGUGGGGUUUGACCCAUUCCUCAAAAGAGUUGCUCACACCGAAUUCUUCAUUGAUGCACUUGGAAAGCUCCUGGUUGCUUCGUGUAAAGGACUCUCUAUUGGUCACCAGACACAUCGGGCAAAUGACAAAUAUUAUACUUACAGAAAUCAAGGGAAACUUGAAGAGGAGGAAAAACUGGCUCACCAUUUUUUUAAGAACUAUCUUAACUACAUCAAGUACUGAUUAGUAAUAAUUAGUGACUAUUUUUUAAUUAAUCAGUUAAUCAUGUUAAUUUUGUUGUUAGUGACUUAUUUUGAUUGGUAACAGCUCUAUAUUGUCAUCUUACUCUAUUUAUUAAUCAAACACUGGACAUUUCUCAGGCAGUAAAUGUGGAUCUUUUAGAUGAAUUUGGUUUGGUCUUGGUCUUGACUCGGUCUCACCCUGCCUUGGUCUUGUCCUUGUCUUGGUCUCGGUUUAGGUGGUCUU